AUGGAACCUUCUGAAAACGAGAAAUUGAUCAAAAAUGUCUUCAAUAACUCCUACUUUGUGAAUCACAUUUUGGACUAUGUUCUAGAGGAUUUUAUAAUCUAUAACCUGGAUUAUCGACUAGUCAACAAAACAUUCCGUCACGUCGUUGAUGGAAAAAUUCGAGAAAAGUAUAAAUCUAUGAAACUUGAAUAUGACGACGGAGCUGAGGAGAAUUCGAUCCUUACUGAAAUGCAAAGGUUGAACCCAUUUAACAUAAGAAAAGAAUUUUAUGUUAAUUCUGAAGAAGUGAAAGUAAAACAUUUGGGAAAAUUAUUUAGGUUCCUGAAAGAUGUUGCUCAAGUCAAAGUGCGAGAAAUCAGACUAAAGAAUCUAUCCAGGUUAAAUGUGACCCUUCACCGACCUCUCCAUGACAAGGUGAUUGGAAAGUUGAUUGGAAAUAACAAAUCCGAAAUUGAAACUUUUAUUGGAAUGGAUGAUAUAUGCCAUCCUGGAUGUUCGCAUUGUCUGAAAAUAGCCAAACAGUGCCCAAUAUACGGACCAGUUAACUGA